CACUAGCGCACACGGUUCUUCGAUAUCAGAUUGCGGAUCUCAGAUCUUGUCGCUAUUUCAAUUCACAGAUCUGUUCAAGCCUAGCUUUAGGACUCGUUCCAUUUCCUCUCUGUUUGCAGCCUGAAUAAGCGCGUCAUGACAAGGCCUUGCAUAGGCGACGUUCCUGAGGAGCUCCUUGAACAUAUACUUCGACAAGUAAAAGGUACCGCAUCGUCGAUUGAAUUCUGGAACUGCUUGCGAACAUGUCGCCAGUGGCAUCGAAUCAGUUUAGGGCUGUACAAAGGCCUGGGCUUCGCCGCGUCUGCUACUAUUGAGUCGGACACCCGCCGUUGCAAUGUCCAUGAAGAGGGCACUCUGUCAGAUAUCCACUUGAGGACCGACUUUGACUUCAAACCGCCUUCCCAUUUGUACUUGUCGAUGAUGAGGAGCUUGACGGUUCACGUCCGGCAUCAGCGGAUCGCGACACCUUUCGCUCCAUCACAAGCAGGCGACUUGGUGAGGUCGCUACAGGAGGUUUUUAGCUCCACGAAAAGACUGUCGACCUUUUCGUUGAAAUUCUCGGAAGGUUGGGACUUUCCUAUCCUAGAUGUACCCGCGAUUCGGCAAAGCAUAAUUGCGAAGCUUGUUGCAAUGCUUCCAGACACAGUCAUCCACCUUGAGCUCGACACGAGUGGUACAGAUGUACCUCCCAGUACCGAACUUAUCAUGAAUAACCAAGAGGAUCAUCUAUGCUAUCAGAUUAGUAAGAUUCUCACUCGAUUGCGAUACCUCAGGUUGAGGGUCGGGCACAUAUGCAACGACCUUCUGGCCUUUCGACCAGGUACUGUGCGCUGUUACGACGCCGAAAGUUGUGAGUACUGCACCACCAACGAAAGAGCAACAUGCUCUCUCCUCCGUUCCUGGCAAAUGCGAUCAAUGACAAUUUGGCUACCAUGGGGACACGCGGCGGCGAACAAUGCUUUCAUUCGCGCUUCCAAGGCUCUCCUUGAUCCAUGUCUCCGUAAUCCCACUAUCAUCCUGCUCGUUCACCAGACCGACAACGAGCACCCCAGAAGAUUAUCUAUAACAGAACCUCCCGAUAAUAUCCACAUGAGUUGUGCCUGGACCCCGCAAAGCAAUGUCUCUACAGCACUUCGCGAGAGGCUGGAGUUUUUCAAGUUCAAAACCGUCCGAGGUUCUUCGUACGUCCCGACGUCCACGACCACGUUCAAGCGAUCCACUCGCAGGCAAAUGAUGUCUAGUCGCACGUGUAUCGAGCACGACAAACUGCUUUGCGCGCCAAUGCGAGAAUUUAACAUUUCAUAUUCAGUCGGCCCAGGUUCUGAGCCUGGAACUACGUCAACUUGGACGUACAUGGCUGAGCAGACUGUGGAAAACAUGGUCAGUUGGACGCAAAAUAGCCACCUUGGCAAUCGCUUUCCCAUGCCAGAAAGCGAUGAAUGCGGGAAGCUGUUCUGGACAGGCGAGAAGCUUUGGCCGUGUCGAUUUCCAGGAUGUAAGGAGAAAUGCGAGACGCUUGUUCAUCUAAGAGGGCACCAUAUGUACGCACAUCCGGUGCGCCUAUUUGGUUUUAAAUGGAACGGGUAUGUGCCUUGCGCAGCCGUUGGAUGUGAUAGAAUAGGUGAAGAUGGUUUCAAGGACAGCGAGGAGCUUGAAGAGCAUAUGUUGGGGCACCACCUGCAACCAUGUACCUUGUUGGAAGAUACAACUGGAAGCUCUAUAUGUGAACCUUAACAACAGUAUGCCACAAAUAUUAGAAUUGAUUAGGUAAUGAGCAUAUCAUUGA